AUGUCCGCCAACCCUCCCACCCAACCUACGUUGCCGCCCAGUCGGAAUCGCAACUCUUUCCUCUCCAAGUUCCGCUCCCCGCUUGGCCAGCGCAAUCGAGGCAUCACCGACUUCUACAUCGACCCCGACGACCCAUGGCGAUCCUACUUCCCCGGCGAUGUGAUCAAGGGAACAGUGGUGGUGACGGUUGUACGACCUGUUCGCAUCACGCAUAUUGUGGUGUGCCUACACGGUUAUGUCAAAGUCUUCAAGAACGCGAUUCCGGCCGGUGAAGCCACCCCCGACCUGGGCUUCCUGGGACCGGGGCGGGGUCGACGCGGUGCAGAAUAUAUGGGCAAUGGAUUGGCAACUUUGUUUGAAGACGAAGUUGUUCUCUGUGGCGACGGCCGACUUAAAGAAGGCAUAUACAAGUUUCGCUUUGAAAUGGGGCUCCCACCGUAUGCGCUUCCCAGCAGCAUCAACUUUGAACGCGGCACCAUCGGCUACUCACUUACCUCUACCCUCACCCGACCAACCACCAUGAAUCCUACGCUUACCUGCCGAAGGCGCGUCAACCUCUUAGAAAAUAUUGACAUCGCACCCUUUCCUGCGCCCAAAGCCCGCAUCGUUACACUGGAACCUAUAUCAAAACGCUCAAAAACGAGGAGCAAAACCAAAUCACCAAGCUCGGACAUAACCGCAGCACCUGACACAUCUUCAAUCGAUACCCCUAUAAGUGGCGCCGCCCCCUCGGUGGAUACCAGACCUCCACUCAGCCCAUCGCCAAGCAAUGUCAGCUCAUCCAGCCGGCCUAGUGAAAGUAGUCUGAGCUUUCAGAUCGCAAGUGAUCCGAGUUCAUCUGCGAGCACGAAUGGGCGAAAUAGCGAAGGGCGCAGCGCAACCCCUUCAGUCUCCGACAAGACCAUCACCGCAAAGGCUGAGCUUUUGCGCGCCGGUGUGCUUCCUGGGGACACACUCCCUAUCACAGUCACGAUAAAUCAUUUCAAACAAGUGCGCAGCGCGCACGGUAUCAUGGUAACCCUAUAUCGACAAGGUCGCAUCGACUUACACCCCGCAAUACCUAUUGGAACGACUGCGGCUGGAAAGAAGCCGGUCUACGAGGAUUGUUAUCCUCGAUCCAGAACGGGACUUGGAGGACUCACAUUGGGGACAAGUCGAACGAGUAGCACAUUUCGCAAAGACUUGUCCCAAACCUUCGCCCCUCUGAUCGUUGAUCCAAGCAACAUGACUGCAGUGGUAAAGACGUCUAUCAGGAUUCCUGAAGACGCGUUUCCAACAAUUACGCGUGUACCGGGAGCCAUGAUCAAUUUCCGAUAUUACGUUGAGGUUGUCACGGACCUGCGAGGCAAGCUCACCUCGCCUGAUCGUUUCCUCCCGCGUUUCAACAUGGUAUCGGGUGGUACGAACUUCUCGCCCAGUGGGCAGGUUCUCAACCCAACGGAUUCAAACGGCGUCACUGCCAACUGGGCCGGCAACAUUUUGGACACGGACUCAAUUCGCCGCGAGAAAGGUGUCAUUUCAGUGGCAUUUGAAGUUGUCAUCGGCACUCGUGAUUCUCAACGAGGGAAAACGAAACGCACUUCGUCUACAGCUGGUGACUCUACGAUGUCACAGGCGGUGCCGCCUACGUCUACUAUGCUGGUCAAUCCUGUUGAUGGAGAGGAGUGGCCCGAGGCGAGCCCAAUGCCUCAACCCCACUCCGAUCAUGGGAUUCAAGAAGACUACUUCCCCGAGGAAGAUGAAGCGCAUUGGGCUGAGUAUCCCGAAGAAUACCCUGAACAAUUCCAGCCCAUGGAUCCUAUGAUUGCGCCUCCAGAGGUAGAGGAGCCUGUGGAUGAGAAGACGCGGGUCCGACGACACGAAGAAGCGCUUUUGCCCAGUCAACCGCCGGGUGAAAACGAUGCAGGGCCGUCCACCUCACCAAUGGACGCGCCAACCGCGCCAGUUUUGCCAGAUGAUCAUCAUCUCCAGGACUAUGAGCAUCUUCCGUCUCCGGACGUGAACGGGAGGCCGCAUGUUGUCCGGUCUGCAGAGUCGAUGCAGACCGUUGUGGCCAACGGCACUGCUGGACCCAGCGAGCCACGUGUCUCAGAUGAUAAACAAGAGCUUGAGCGUCACCGACUCCAAGGCCAGGCUAGCGCACCGCAGGAUGAGCCCGAUGGCCCGGAGCCUGGGCCCAGUGCGCCGGUCUUCGACGAGGACGAUCAACUUGUCGGCGGGACGGCGCAUGCGGACGAGUCGUUGCCUCGGUACCAGCGUUGA